GACAUCCACAAACCAACCAGAAGUUCAUAUUGUGGAAUGGCCUCCAAAUAUCAACCGGACACCCAAUCAAGUGACCUAUCGUGGUUAUGUUCUGAAGGGCCAUAUCUAGAAUUUAUUGAAAGCCUGAAAUCACGAAACCCCUCCAUCUAUAAGCCAGACCCCAAAAAUCAUAGGAUUGGAACCCGACUGGGGACAUCAAGAUCAGUCGUCCUGAAUGUUCGCCCUGAUCACACAGUAAUAUCUAAAUACUUCAAAAAUGUUUCCGAACUCAAAGACCACUUUGCUCAACGAGUGAAAGAAGAUGAGAAUGGAAAAUCAAACACGGGGCAAAGGGUGUAUAUUCUCGAAGGAUUAGAUCCACAAUUUAUAGAAGCAUAUGGGUCAUACUUCUUCAUGAAUCCGACGUUUUUCGUUAGGCAAGGAAGAAAUACAGUAUGGGAUAUGCGUGAUGUCCAGGAAGAAUUUAGUGAUAGCCCGAUUUUACCUUCACUGGAGAAUCCGGAUAAAUAUUUUCGUCUUAAAUAUCGUGAAAUGAGAAAAUUCGGUCCAGAUUAUGAUCACUGGCGAACGGUUUGUGCGACGAGUGGGUCACAUGUUUCGGGAAUUGGGUUUGAAUAUAAACUAGACAGUCUAGCUGCAGUGGAGAGAAAGUGUUCCUUUUGGUUCAGAGAUGCUACUAAUAACCAAGGAGGGUGGGAUGCUGUUAUUCUCAGCGAGCCACCAGUCCACAAAGUAUAUCGCGCGAGGAGCCUUUUUCCGCAAGAGAUCAAGAGUGAGUUAUUUCAAGGUGGUUAUGUCGAUUUCAUCGACUUUGAUGUCUUAAUCCGAGGCGGCUUGAAUGCGGCAUUGCAUGGCCCUCCGAGAACCUGUAUGUUUGAUGAUCUAUGCUUCUACUUCGAGCAUCAUAGCACAAUUCUAUUCGAAAUGGAAGGAGCCACACCCCCAUUAAUUGCGUCUGCCUUCCUCAAGAAAAUAGUAGCUUCUCAUUACAUCAAAGUGAUUGACUAUUUCGAAAUCAUUGUUCAAAGAUUGAAAAGGGCAGAAGGACUACUCUCCCGUAAAACCGACAAGAAAGACUACAACUCCUGGCCAGAACAACGCGAACAAUGGUCCAGUCUACAACUCACCCAUCGCUUCCUCUCAGAAUACACUUCCGACAUCCAAUCCAUCAUUCAAACCUUGAGAAUCCCCUCCUCCCCUCUAUUCCCCAUCCAUUACCUCUCCUCCAACCUCGACUUCCCCUUCAUCCACACCUCCCUCUCAAACCUCUACACCCGCGUAUCUACAAUCAUCUCCUCCACCCAAGGACUUUCCUCCAUCGUCGCCAGCGGCGAAGCUCUACACGAAGCACGUCUCUCUGUACGCGAAGCGAAGAAUUCGAAAACGCUUACGUUUAUUGGGUUGGUUUUUAUUCCGUUGGCGUAUACUAGUGCGCUUUUUAGUAUGAGUGGGGAAUAUCGACCGGGUGGGAGUGCGUUUUGGGUUUAUUGGGUUACGUCGCUGCCGAUUAUGGGGGCAAUUUUUGGUGUGACGUGGGUGAUGCGGUUUGAAUGGGGGGAGCGGAGUGGGUGGAGCUGGUGGGGGAGAGCGAGGAUGAAUGGGGAUAGGGGAAGUUGAGUUGGGGAUUAGAUACCAUGGGGUGAAAAGAAGUGAUGUACUAUAUCUUUGCAUUUUGAGUUUGGUGUGCGGAAGUUUCUUUUCAUAUUUUAUAUUUUCUAGAUUAUUUAUUCUCAUACUCAUUUCGUAUGCACGUUCUCUCAUUACAAACAUCUCAUUCUGUAACUGUAUCUUCAAUAAGAUAUCAAGAAAAACGAAUGCCAAUGAAAAAGA